GGGAUGAACUAGCCCCGGCGAGCCCGCCGAUCCCGGAGUCGCGCUGUGGCCGGGGACUCCUGGCGCUGCUGCUUUGGGCCGCUCCCAAGGAGCCUCGCCUGAGCGCGCAGCCAUGCAUGAGUGCGUCUCCAUUCACGUGGGCCAGGCUGGGGUGCAGAUGGGCAACGCUUGCUGGGAGCUCUACUGCCUGGAGCACCACAUCCAGCCUGAUGGCACCAUACCGAGAAACAAGACCCAGCAGAGCAGAAAUGACUCCUUUGACACUUUUUUCACGGAGACAGAUUCUGGCAAGCACGUGCCCCGGGUUGUCUUUGUGGACCUGGAGCCUGUGGUCGUAGAUGGGGUAAGAACUGGUGCUUAUAGGAAGCUCUUCCACCCUGACCAGCUGAUAUCAGGCACAGAAGAUGCUGCCAACAACUAUGCCCGUGGCCACUACACCGUGGGGAAGGAGAUCAUCGAUGUGGUGAUGGACCAAAUCCGAAAAGUGACAGACCAGUGCAGUGGUCUUCAGGGCUUCCUGAUCUUCCAUAGCUUUGGAGGUGGCACUGGCUCAGGCUUUACCUCCCUGCUGAUGGAGCAGCUUUCUGUAGACUAUGGCAAGAAGUCCAAGUUGGAGUUUGUCAUCUACCCAUCGCCCCGAGUGUCCACAGCGGUCGUAGAACCCUAUAACUCCAUCCUGACUACUCACUCCAGUCUGGAACACUCCGACUGUGUCUUCAUGAUGGACAAUGAGGCCACCUUUGAUAUCUGCAAUCGCCACCUGGACAUCGAGCACCCUACCUACAGCAACCUCAACCGGCUUGUCAGCCAAGUGGUGUCCUCCAUCACCGCCUCCCUGCGUUUUAAUGGCGCCCUCAACGUGGACCUCGCAGACUUCCAGACCAACCUGGUGCCCUAUCCCCGCAUCCACUUUCCCCUGGUGACCUACUCACCCAUUAUCUCGGCUGAGAAGGCCUACCACGAGCAGUUCUCGGUAUCAGACAUCACCAAUGCCUGCUUUGAACCCUGCAAUCAGAUGGUCAAGUGUGACCCUCGCCAUGGCAAGUACAUGGCCUGCUGCAUGCUCUAUCGUGGAGACGUGGUUGCCAAGGAUGUGACUGCUGCCAUUGCCACCAUCAAGAUCAAGCGUACCAUCCAAUUUGUGGACUGGUGUCCCACAGGUUUCAAGGUUGGCAUCAAUUACCAGCCCCCCACCGUGGUGCCUGGGGGCGACCUAGCCCGGGUGCAGCGGGCAGUCUGCAUGCUAAGCAACACCACCGCCAUUGUUGAGGCCUGGUCCCGCCUCAACCACAAGUUUGACCUGAUGUUUGCCAAGCGGGCGUUUGUGCACUGGUACGUGGGCGAGGGCAUGGAGGAAGGAGAAUUCUCCGAGGCCCGAGAAGACAUGGCUGCUCUGGAAAGAGAUUAUGAAGAUGUGGCCAUGGACUUUGUGGAAGAGGAGGACGAGAACGAGGAAUACUAGGUGGUCUCGUCCUCUGCAGCGCCUGACCUCUCCCCAGUUGUACCUCUGCUUCCUUGUGUCCACUACUCCCAGCAAAUACAUGUGUGUCACAAAUACUGUGCCGUUCUGUCCAGGCACCAGGCCUUCCCAGCACCCUUUGCUGAGCAGGGGUGGACUGAACUCUGCCUCCAGGGACCCCCCUGGUAGCCUCUGAGGAGUGGUGCUGAGUCCACCUGAGAGGUGGGUGCUACUUCAACCCUGGGCUGUGCUGCUGUGCCUUCCUGUGCGACCCCAUGGAGCCCCGGUACCCAGCCCACCCCACGGAAGCGUAAACCUAGAGAGGCCGCGAAGGCCCUCUGCCCCUAGCGUUCAGGGGGUAGAAACUGCUCCAUUCCAAUGCCUGCAAGGGGCCAAGCCUCAUUAACCUGGUCUCACCAUCAGAGGGCAGUAGAGGUCGACGCCGCAGACAACUUGUAGGUGGCAUCUUAGAAUUUAGGGCCCCUCCCCAUGACUUAGGGUCCAGGAAACAGGAUUCCUGAAAACAGGGUCCUUAGCCUGGGGCUGUGUGGUAGCCCUGUCCACCCACUUAUCCACUGUGUGAGUAACAAAGUGUCUGUGUGCCUUCCAGGGAAGGAAAUCUGUAGCUUUGUUCUCCAAGCAGUCUUAAUUAAGGAAGGUGGGGAGAUCGUUCUCAGGACAAGCCCUAUGCCUCACCUGUGGUCUUCAGACCUUAGUGUACUAUAAAUGGUUCUGGCAGUGGUGAAGGCUGAGCAGAAGGCCCCUUCCAGCACAGUCCAGCCUUAAGGAAUUUCUCUUUAGUAAUGCACUGGACAAGUGGCCUGAGCCUGGAAGAGAAGUAGAGUGGUGCUCUCUGAAAAGGUCGGGACUCUCCAAUGGCCAGUGCUGCUCCUGUGAGGGUGACCCAGCCAGAAGGGUCCCCACUUCUGUAUUCUGGCCUGCUGGGGUUUGGACACUCAGUAUGUGACUCAGGACUGGUUUUGUGCCUCCCCUCCAAUCAGUCUUGAGGCUCCCUCAAAAUGUCCUCUGUCUGUGGCCUUGCUUUGGGUUCCAGAGACUAGUUGCUAGCAUCAUUUAAAAAUAAAAGAGUGAGCCUUGCCUGAUUGAUGCCCCAAGGGGCUGUCUGAUAGGAGGGAGACCCAGAACCCAGACCCACAGAUUUCACCCCUCGCAUAGAAGUGCAUGGAUUGGGUUGGGUUCAUGGUCCUAUGUGAUUAUCCUGGCCAAGCAGUCCAUCUCUCUCCAUUUUCUUUUUUCUUUUUUGUGAUACUGAGGAUUAAAUCCAGGAUCUUUGCACUGAGCAACAUCCCCAGACUUUUCUAUUUUUGAGACUGUGUCUUGAUAAGUUGCCUGGGCUAGCACUGAAAUUUUAAUUGUCUUGCCCCAGGCCCUCACAGUGCUGGGAUUACAUGUCCCACUGUGUCUGACUUCUCCAUUCUCCCUGUCUUCCUCUCUGACUGCAGUUCUGAGUAGAGCCUGACAGUCUCCUCCCUGGCUGUUACUCCCUUUUCCCUCAGUCCUCGUAGUUCCCCAGAGACAAGAUUCUUUUCUUUUAUGUUGCUUCUCCAAUAGUCCCAACUGUGGCAGUGAUGUGACAUUUUCCUGAUUCGUGCCCCACCCCACCCCCUUUUUAGUAACACAGCUCUCCUGGUGUACUUGUUGAGUCUCUAUCUCUCUCUGUAAAAACCGCUCCUGGUGCAUCCACUCCUGGGUCCACUCCUGGUACUUGAAGGGCUGGGACUAGGUGGGGAAUGAGGUAUAGAAGGAAGGGAAGGAGCCUAGACAGAGGCCCUGGGGGUGCCUGUUAAAUGACGGGUCUGUUCCAGUGCUCAACCAGUAUCUUCACCCAGGACCCGAGUAGCUGGUGUUUCUUUCCUUCCUUCCUUUCCCUGCUCUUUCACUCCCUGAGCACAUGAAUUUAUACCUGCUAGAAGUUCUUCAGCAGUUCCCUAAACCAUGAGAGAGACCAGCCCUCCCCGCCUCCAGGUGGCCCAAGAAGCAGGAAGAUGUCCACUGGGGGCUGGAAAUCUGAUCCUGCACUCUUGUGAUAGAUAAGAUACAGAUGACAUCAGUUGCAAGCAGGGGCAGCAAGGAUGUGGAUCAGCUGGUGGCUGCCCUAUCUGCUCUCAUGACCUGCACGUGGAACAGAACAUAGGUCACGUUCUCCUCUUUCAUUCCCUUUUAGUACUUUUGAGAGAAACAGGAACAAGCUUUGGCAAAUCCUGGCCUUAACCCUUCCCACCCACUUCAAGGCACUGCAUAGGCCCGAGUCCCAGGGAGAGCUUUGCCUGGGUUCUUUUCAGAUUCAAGCAUCAACAGGAUAAGACUGGAGAAGACAAAUUCUUACUUUAGGAGCUAUGAUCUCAAACUGUCAUCCCUUGGAUUCUGAGGGCUCUGUUUGAAGCCUGAGCACAAAGCAAGCGUUGCCUUUCUGGAACUGGGAUUUUUCUGACUGGUGUUAUUCCUGGAGCUGGCGGCAGAUGGGCUAUAGCCCUGGCUGGAGCAGGUCUAACCCUAGAUGGCCUUCCAUUUGUGCCCUGCAGCCCGUGGACCUUGGCUCUGUGGAGUCCCUGACAGGUGUACAGUCCAACAGAAGAGCAUAUGAGAACUAGGAGGGGUUCUGUUUCCCAUCAUCUCCCUCCUCCCCCAGUCCUGUCCAGUGCGGUGUGGUAGCUGCAGGAAAAGAGAUGCGUGCCUCUCACUCACUGGAGGUGUGGAGACCUCAUCAGGUAACCCUCUGCCCUCGCCUUGCAGAAUGCAGACCAGACACCUGGUGAAAAGCAGCCCUACGCGGUGGGAUACAGAACUCAGGCAACUAGGAUGAAACUGAAGCCCGCAGCUGUCUGGGCUGCAGGCCGCUCCCCCAGCCCAUCCCUUCUCGCUAACCUCCUGCGAUCUGAUUUUCCCCAUCAAGUCUGAGCAGCUCCCUGCCCGUCUGGGUGGCUCCUUAGAGGGAUGUGGCUGGGCUUCUGGGAAGGGCUGCUCCCAGGCUGUCACAAAGGCAGCAGGCAAAUCCGGUAAAGGACUUCAUUCAGCAACAACUGAAGGGGAGCAGGUAGCAACGCUGGCCCACUCAGUCAUCUCGGAAUGUGUCCCUCCAGGGAACAGUGCCCACCUCAUGCCUGGGCCCCUGGGGUGGACUCUACCCCAGUACACACCACGCCUGCUUGCUAAGUUUAAAGCUUUGCAGUGGCAGGCAGGACGGUGUGGAUGUCCACUUCACGCGGGUGUGUAGCCACACAGGGGGCAUGGCUUGUGAGUGAUGGCACAGAUCCUGAAGCCAGGGUCCCUGGGUGCACAUGCCAGCUUUGCCCCUUAAUCACUGGGUUGCCUCAGCCACAUCCUGGGCCUCAGCUCCUGCUCUACACAAUAAGACAGGACAGGACCUGCUUCGGGUUGUCGUGAGGAGGAACCAUACAAUGCUUGGGACAUGACAGGGCCUCAGUACUAUUGGUGAUUAUUACCGCAGUUGUGAUCAUGACCCCCACUGUAAAUGAGGGGGCUUUGUGUGUUUAAGCACUUCCUUUUCCAUCACUCUUCUCCAUAGAAUUGUCCUCAGUUCCUUUCCUAAAACCAUGUCAUGAAAUAAAAAUGGAAAGGACUGCAAAUGUAGCACCAUGGGUUCAAUCCUCAGUAGCACACUGGGAAAAACACCCGUGUUAUGACUUGAAUUGGGUAUAACUUAAAAUCAGAUCUUAACCUACAGAAUGGGAAAAAAUAUUUGCCAGCUGCAAUUCAGACAUAGGACUAAUAUCUAGAAUAUAUAAAUAAAGCAAAAGAAUUACAUCCCCCAAAAUAAAAGACCCAAUCAAAAAAUAAGCAAAUGAAAUGAAUAGACAUCUCAUAGAAGUAUAAAUGGCCAAUAAACACAUGAGAAAAUGUUCAACAUCACUGGCCAUUAGAGAAGUAACACUGAAAUUCCAUUUUACUCUAGAAAAACUGGCUAUCAUCAAGAAACCAAAUAAUAAAUGCUGGUGAGGUGGUGAAUGUAUUUGGUCUUGGACCUUUCUUAUUGUGAGGUAUCUUAUUUCUGCCUCACUUUCAUUGGCUGUUACUGGACUACUUUGGGUUUUAUAUCUUUUUAGUUCAGUUUUGGUCAUUUAGGUAUAUUCAGGAAUCUACCCCCUUCUUCUGGAUUUUCUAAUUUAUUAUAAUACAGAUUUUCAUAGUGGCUGCUAAUAACCUGAUACUCAGCUCUAUCAGUUGUGAUUUCACCCUUUUGACUUCUAAUUCUGUUGAUUUAAGUCCUUCCUUUUUUUUUUUUUUUUCAUUUUUAUCGGUACCGGGGAUCGAACUCACGACCGCCUGCUUGCAAGGCAGCUGCUUAUGUCGUUGAGCUAAAUCCCCAGCCCCAGUCCUCCCUUUUUUUGAUUGGCCAAAGAUUUGUCUGUUUUGCUUAAUCUUUCAAAAAACCAAUCUCUUCAGUUCAUGGAUUUUUUUUAUAUUGUUCUGCCUCAAUUUUUAAUUCCCGCUCUGAUCUUUAUGAUUUUCUGCCUCGUACGAGGUUUGCAUUUUGAUUGUCCUUGUUUUUCUAGGUACAUUGUUAGGUUAUUUAUUCAAGCUUACUCUUGUUUUUUGAAUGUGAGCAUUCAUGGCUAUAAACUUUCCUCUUAGGACUGCUUUCAUUUUUGUCCCAUAGGUUCUUGUAUGCUGUUCUGGCACUAUCAUUUGAUUCUAGGAACUGCCUAAUUUCUUCCUUAAUUUCUUCUGUGACAGAUUAUGAAUAAGAGUGUUUUGUUUAAUUUCUGUGUGUUUUCACAAUUUCUCUGGUUUCUUCUGCCAUUGAUUUUGGUUUUUACUGCACUAUGAACUGAUGAUAUGCAUGGGAUGAUUUUGAUUCUUUUGUAUUUGUGAUUUAUGGACUAAUAUAAUCUAUUUUGGAGAAAGUUCCAUAUAUUGCUGAGGAGAAUGUAUACUCUGUUCAGUGGAACACUAGAUACUGAUUAAAUCUAAUUGUGCAAAAAUGUGGUUCAA